AUGGCUGACACCUCAAGGAACGGGCAGCUUAUCCAUGUGCAGCGUGGUAAAUAUGCCGAGGUGGAUGAAGCCCUUUUGCUUCCAAUGUAUCGACGAAUCAAUGGUGACUCCCUCAGCGAGGAUGACGUUCUUGGGCGCUUGGAAGAGGCUGAAACGUACGGUAUGGUGCGAGUACAGCCUCAGUGUGUUGGAUUUGUACCGUCUAAAUUUUAG